AUACAUUCGUGAAUCGCGGAGAAGGAAAAACGGAGUCGCGAGAGACGGAAGAAGAGAGAGAGAAAGAGAGAGGCUCGUCUCGAGAGAUUCCGCGAUUUUUGUUCCACGGUCCCGCUACGUCGUCGCGACCUUUAUUACGGAAACGGAGCGGAACGGAUCGGCAAAAAGUGACGCAGCACCGUAUGCAUCGCGCGUGUCGGUAAUCUUCCCUUUUUUUUUCUCUCUCUUUCUCUUCUCUCCCACCCAAAACGCACAGUGUGUCAAAGUUCCGCGAUUACUCGUCGUCGGCGUACAUAUGUCGAUGUAGGUUACGAGAAGAGACCCGAGGAAUUUAAUCAUCCUUAUUAUUGUGCGCGACGAACGUACGAGUGAGCGAGAGGAAGCGAGCGAGAAAGAGAAGAAGCGAGAGAGGACAAAAGUGCGAAUAUACAUCCACAGUUGACGGGAUCGGUUCGGUUCGCGCGCGCGCGCAAGAAAGAGAGAAGGAGAAGGAGUUGGCUCCCGGAGUUUCGCGUGCUCGUGCUUUUGUUGUGUACAUAUUUUGUCCAGCCGUGAAUUACACUCGUAACGAACGCUCUCCUCCUCGCCGGGCGGAAGCUGUCAUAAAUGUCCACGUUCUACGUAGAUUGCGCGAUCUAUGCUCGGUCUACGACGGGCCGAUCUCUCGGUGGCAAGUACUGACUGACUCGGCUCGAAUCCGACGUCGGUCGUCCUCGGGCUUCAGGCGUUGCUCGCCGUCGUCGACAUUGUCAUCGUCGUCGUCGUCGCCUCCUGGUGGAAGAAGCCAGCUAGCCAGCGCGGCGCCUCGUCUGUCUAAACGGCGAACCUCGUCAACGCAAACAGGUGAUCAUGGCGAAUCGGGGUACGGCUCAAAGGCCAAAUGGAUCGACACAAGGGAAAAUCUGUCAGUUUAAGUUAGUUUUACUUGGUGAAUCGGCAGUUGGAAAAUCAAGCCUUGUUUUAAGGUUUGUCAAAGGACAGUUCCAUGAGUACCAAGAGAGUACGAUUGGUGCUGCAUUUCUAACACAAACUGUAUGUUUGGAUGACACAACUGUAAAGUUUGAGAUUUGGGAUACUGCGGGGCAAGAACGUUAUCACAGUCUUGCGCCUAUGUAUUAUCGUGGUGCUCAAGCAGCCAUUGUUGUGUACGAUAUAACAAACCAGGAUACAUUCUCACGUGCCCAAACAUGGGUAAAGGAAUUGCAGCGUCAAGCCAGUCCAAGUAUAGUAAUAGCAUUAGCUGGAAACAAGGCAGAUUUGGCAAAUAAAAGAGUUGUCGAAUAUGACGAAGCUCAAACAUAUGCAGAUGAAAAUGGCCUUCUUUUCAUGGAAACAUCUGCUAAGACAGCGAUGAAUGUCAACGACAUAUUCCUUGCAAUUGCUAAAAAGCUUCCUAAGAACGAACAGUCAGGAAGCGCAAGUACGAGUGGUCAAGGUCGUCGACUAGUCGAGUCGGAUGGGCAAAAGGCAGCAACCGGCAAUUGCUGCAAGUGAUUAUCUAAAUCCAUAUGUACUAUAAUCUACAAAGAUAAGUACACUACAAGUGUGCUACGAUGAAUUUGAAGGGAGGACGCACACAACUUGGGAAAAAUACAGAGUGGGAAGUGAACUGUGUGGGACAUUCGCAAACAUUUUGCUUGAGUGAUUGACUAAGAGCCUGCGUCUCAAUGUAAUCGACGAUAUAUCAUCUAUUUUGAGUAUCAGAUCUAUUAAGAGGUGGUAAAGAAAGCUCCCAUUUGUAAUUCUAGUAGUGUAAUGGGCGGUGUUCGUUAUAAAUAUAUAAAUAUAUAUAUAAAUACAA